UUUGGAUCGAUUUUGUAAAACACUUAGAAGAUGGGUUUAAUCUCACAGGUUCUCACUUUAGCAUGCGGGAGGAUAUGCGUGUCGUUUAUGUUGGUGGUUUUGCUGAACAGUGACGUUUGUUUAGGUGCAACACUGAAGAUGACUGGCUCUCCAUCUGAAGCAGUUCUUAAUGAGUCAUUUACAUGGACAUGUACAGUGACACAGGCUGCUAAUUUAGAUGAUAGAGUAACAUUUUCAAGAAGGAUAAUCGGCACUAUAUUUGCAGCACUGUGGCAAAAUAAUGCCGUAUGUUCGGAGUUCACUGGUGCACCAGACGGUUACACUGCAUCCUGUGGGAGUGGAACAGACAGCAGCUCAUCCACCACUAAGACGUAUACUCUGAUGAUUGACAAAGUCGGAAUAAACGAUGUCACAGUUUGGGGAUGUUUCCUGAGUUCAGCUCAGAUAUACAGCCCCAAUGUUACUCUUCAGGCUCCUCCAAAUCCCAAUCCACAGAGUCAGGUUUCGGAAUCAACCAUUGUCAUAAUAGUAGUGGUUGCUGUUCUACUGGUCGUGGCUAUUGCAGUAUCUUGGGUCUGUUACAAGAGAAUGAAGCAGCAACGGAAAUCUGAGGAAGAGAAAACUGAAAACAAAACUCAAGAGGCUGAAGAUUAAAAGGGCCAUCAUGACAAAGACUAUCCUUCUUUCGAACCGAUAGAAUAAUUAGUUGUGGCGUUACUUUAAUGGAGUCCAUCAACCAUUUGACCGAUUAAUCGAGUACACGUUUUAUGAUCGAGUAUAGUUUUCCAUCAUUAGUGAUUUUCUGAUUAAUGGAUCCAUCAACCAUUUGACGGAUAAAUUACGUACAUGUUUGAUAAUCUAGUACAAUCUGUCAUACUAGUAACUGUUGUUGUACUAAUUAAUGCAGCUCACCUACCACUGCCCACGUGAUCCAUUUGCCUAAGUGAUCGAGUACAUUUUUCAAGAUCAAGUACAGCACAGACUGUUUCAAGUUGUUUCUAAUCCAGUUCUUUGAUGGGCAAUGCCUAAACAAAUAUGUUUAGUGCCUGUUUAAAUUACUCUUUAUUCUAAAAUUGCAAUAAACAAUGCCUUUCAAACAUAGCAGGGGUUGAAAUACUAUUAUAAAUAAUCAGAUGCCAACUGGUGACCAUGAUGUGUUAAGUUGGAGCCUAGUUAGGAACCAGAGGUGACUAACAUAACAUUAUAGAGACUCGGGUGCUAACUGGUGACCAUGAUGCGUUAAGUUGGGGCCUAGUUAGGAACCACAGGUGACUAACAUAACAUUAUAGAGACUCGGGUGCUAACUGGUGACCAUGAUGUGUUAAGUUGGGGCCUAGUUAGGAACCACAGGUGACUAACAUAACAUUAUAGAGACUCGGGUGCUAACUGGUGACCAUGAUGCGUUAAGUUGGAGCCUAGUUAGGAACCACAGGUGACUAACAUAACAUUAUAGACUCGGGUGCUAACUGGUGACCAUGAUGUGUUAAGUUGGGGCCUAGUUAGGAACCACAGGUGACUAACAUAACAUUAUAGAGACUCGGGUGCUAACUGGUGACCAUGAUGCGUUAAGUUGUGGCCUAGUUAGGAACCACAGGAGAUUAACACUACUAUUUUAAGGGGUCUACUCAAAAACCUGUAUAUUAUUUCAACACCUGCACAGAUCACACAUUCUGUGUAAUUAUUAUACUAUUUAUAUAAACAAAUAAAUAUGUUUGUUUGUAUAUGUGAGGGAGGGAGAGAGAGAGAGGGUGUGUGUGUGUGUGUGUGUGUGUGUGUGUGUGUGUGUGCGUGCGCGCACGUGCGUAAUCGACCAUCUUCACAUUGGUGGAGCCCAACCGAUUAAUUGUCAACUAUAAUCGAACAUUGGCAGUGGCGGAAUCU